CAAUGACACUCUCUUGUCAAAACGAGCAUGGUCGGAAUUCAAUUGAACCGCACCGCUAAUAAUGUGUUUUUUCUUUUUUGAGAACUAUACAGAAAUGUAAAUUUAUGUCUUACCAUUUACGUGUUAAUUAUAAUAUACUAACAAAAUGGUAGAAGAAACAGAACCACUAAAACCACAGAAGAACCUCAGAGUGACUGCUUCUGUUCUGGAUGCGUUUGCUUUACUUGUAGCAACAAAAGAUGAAGAAAAAUUAAGUGGUGGUGCUAAAAUUAUAUCACAUCUUCAGGGUAGUGAGAAUGACAAAGAUAUUCAGUAUGUAAUGAAGCGAUUAGUAAGAAGUUUGGGAGCAAAUGUGGCAGAAUUGAGAACUGGUCAUUUUGCAACUUUAGUAACAAUCCUUAAUCAAUUUAACAAAAUAACAGUGUCAGACUUACUUGAACUAGUGAAGAAGGAACUUCAUGCUAAUAGUUCAUCUAAAAGUGAAGUUGGCAAUGUAGCUCUGGGACAAAUUUUGUUAUGUGGAGCAGUAUUCCGCUCUGGAUUAAUGUUCAGGUCUUCUGAUGAUGAACAGAAGGAAAUACUGCAGUUAUUGUUAGGUGCCAGCAAGAAAAAAUCGUACCUUAGUACUGUGGCAUACUUCAUACUUCUUGAUUUUGUUAAUGGGAUAAACAAGGAACAGUUCUCAUCAAUCAUAUGGCAGAAUAUCAAGCAAGAAUUUAAGAAGACUGUGAAGGAACAUACUAUUGAUUCACUUUAUUUCUUGAUGAUGGUGAACAAUAAGUUUCCAGACAAGGUCAAAAUGAAGAAACUACUGGGAGUACCAGAUCUUCUAUGUGAAGAGAACAUUCACAUUAUAUGUGAGAAACUUAUGACUGGACUAGAUUUCAACUCAGUGAGACAUCCAAUUUAUGAAGUGAUUGGUUGCCACAUUGCAAAGUCACCCCACCUACAAGUUUUCUGGUCAUCUGGCAUAGAUAGUCAACUGGUGAAACAUAAUCGGAACAGAGAGUUAGCUGCACUCAAUAUACUUAGAACUAUUGUUGUCAAUAUAGAUGACAAUGUUGAAGCAAUACCAGAAUUAAUCAGUAAAAACUUUUUUAAAUUAUUUAUGGAUUGGUUUAAAGGUCUCCAAACAGCGAGUAAGAUAAGAAGCAAAAGAGAUGAUGAAGAUGACCAUAAAAUUAUGAUAAAAAAACAAAAAGAAUUUCUUAACUGUUUAGCUAAAGCAUUAAAAUCCAGUAAAGUUACAAAUAACAUAAGGCUUGAAACUCUUAAAAAACUCUUAUUUAGUCCUGGAGAGAUUAAUUUUACAGAAAUUACAGGAACAAAUAUAGUGAAAUCAAUAAUAGCUGAUUUAGAUAAGGAAAGUGUAAAGAUAAUAGCUAAAAUGUUCAAAGGAGUACUAUUAAAUAAAUCAAAAAGAUUUGUAAAGGAAGGUUUUGAAAGGAACUGGUAUAAUUAUGAAAGAGUAAAAGCAGCAGAAUUGUUGUCUUAUUUGGUGACCCAGGAGGCAGUAAAAGAUGACACUGAGUUUAAAUUAACAUACAUGAAAAUAAUGAUGUGUUUUGGAUUUUUCAAAAUUGGUGGUGAUGAAAAUGUUGCGGUUGGAUCUGAGAUAUCCGGAUCCAUUAAGACAUGUUUUUACCGCUGCUUCACAUCCCGAUUUUCGAAUGUCGAUAGUUUGGUUAGCGUUUUAUCUGCUCUUUCGAAUUUCAUAUCCAACAUUUUGCAAAAAGAGGAAAUCCGUACUAAACUUGAAAAACAAUUUCCAGCAGAAAGUGUAGAAUGUUGGGAAAUGCUUACACAUGUAUGUCAAAGUAUUGAACAAAAUGGAUCUAAUUUGAAAGUUGAUAAAGUUUUCCUUAUUUUGUUAUAUCAACUUGGUUUAUUUUUAUUUUCCGAACCAACUCAUGUUAAAGUAGCCAGGAGCUCCAUAAAAGAAUUGAAAAGUUGUUAUGAACAUUACAGAAAAGAUAGGAAAAAGAAGCCUAACAAUUCAAAAGAACAUUUGUCAGAGGAGCCAGAAUGGAUAGAAGUACUAGUAGAAGUGUUACUUUCUAUUCUUUCAGUUGAUUCUAGUGUUUUAAGGGCUGUGGUCCAAUGCGUAUUUAGACUUCUGUGGGAGUUUUUAACCCCCUCAGCAAUCGGCCAAAUAGUUUCUGUUUUAGAUCCUGAUAGUGAGACUGAUCUAUUAACACAGGAUAGUGGGUCAGAGGGUGAAGAAUCAGAUAAUACUUCGGAUGAAGAUGAAACAGAAAACAAUGAUGACAAUCCAAAAGAAAAUGGCAAAGACAGUGAGGACAGUGAUGUAGAAGAAGAAGAAGAUGAGGAAAUGAAAACUCCUGAUCAAUUAAGAUUAGCUGUACAAAAGGCAUUAGGUACUAUUGCUGCAGAAAGUGAUGCAGAAAGUUUAGAUGCUGAUAUGAUUGAUGAAGAAGAUGGUAGGAAACUUGAUGAAGCACUAGCAGAAGCUUUUAGUCAGUUUCAACAAGGAAAAGGCAGGAAAUCUAAAAAAGAUAGAAAAGAUAAGAAAGCUCUUUCUGACUUUCGGAUUAGAGUUCUUGAUCUUUUAGAUAUUUACUUGGAGAAAGAUCCAUCUAUGGACAUCUGUCUAGGUAUGAUUGCUCCGUUAAUUCGAUGUCUGGAGUUCUGUAUACAAGAUAAUCAGUUUAGUGAACUGGAGAACAGAGUGAGAAAAACUAUAAGAACUCUAACAAAAAUUAGAAAAUUUGUAUCAACUGAUGAUGUUACUCUAGAUGUUCUGUGUGAUUAUCUUAAAAGUACAAUAGAAAAAGGUGAAAGAUCACAUUUCUUGUACCAAGCUGUAGGAGACAUUAUUACUUAUUUCUCAACAUUCAUAAUUCAUUGUUCUCAAAAAAUAAACAAUGAAAAUUCAAAAUUAAUGAAUAAAUCAAAAAUAUAUACUUCACCUCUCACAGAAAUACUUAUAGAAGCUCUUCAAAACUACUUCCUUAAUAGAAAUUGUUUACUACCCAUCAUUUUCUUUCACAAUAUUCUUCAGUCAGAAUGGGAUGGCAAUUAUGAACUUGCGAUUGUAAUUGUAGACAACAUCUUCAACAGCAAUGUUAGGCAAUUUCGACGAAAUGAAGGAAUAGAGCUAAUUGCUGGCUUUUAUCGCACUUUGAAAAGAAAUAAACCAACAACAGACAACACCUUAAAUAUGUUGACUAAAUUGGAGAUGAAAUUUGAGAAUAAAUUGAAAGUGACUCUCCAAACAGAAACAGAUUUUCAAGUGAAACCUAACUUUUUCGUGUUAUUAAAAAAGUUAAUAAAUACAAUGAAAAUGUUCCAUGAAAGUUGUAAGAUUAAAUUGAGUAUAGACAUUAAAACAUUGUUAGAUAUUGUAUCAUCAAGUAAAGGAUCUGUUAAAAGUCAAGGUAAAACACAGAUGCAAGAAUCACAGGUCAAACAAAACAAUAAUAUUCAUCAGACAAAGAAAAAUAAAAAGAAACGUAAAGCUGCACAAAUAAAUGGUUGCAGUGAACCUCAGCCUAAAAAAGUAAGAAAACCUAACACAGUUUCAUGACAUGUAUCCUGAGGUGUCAAUGUUAUAUAUAGAAUAAUUAUUCCCAUUCAUAAUUAUUUUGUUUAAUAAAUAAUA